AUGGCCGCGACACUGCAAGAACAAGUCUCCGUUGACGCGUUGGGCUUCGACAACUUCAUCAGUCAUAUCAACCCUGGCCGCAUGGGAAAUGCGCAGAAUAUCGCAUACGGAGGAUGCGCCAUUGGCGUCGGCAUCUCAGCAGCGUAUCACACCGUAUCCCCCAACUACCUUCUGUACUCAGUGACCGGAAACUAUCUGGGUCCAGCCUUGACUGAUCGGAAGCUGAAGUGUUCUGUCCGCAAAGUCCGCGACACAAGGACGUUUGCCACGAGGCUGGUCGAGAUCAGCCAAGACCAGGACGAUGGGCAGACGCGGCUCUGCAUGAUCAUGAUGGCCGACUUCCAAGUGAAAGAGGCGGCCUCUUUACUGCUCUACUCGGCCCCUCCCUCCAGGUCGUACUCCCCGCCAGAGAAGUGCCUUGACACGAUCGAGAACGCAGCAGAGUUGGUCCGUAAUGGCAUCGUGUCGGAGAAGCUGUCCAAACUUUACCUCUUGACCUUUGGCUUGAACAAUCACUUCUUCGAAAGCCGUCCAACGCCCGAAGGCGUUGCAUCCAACAACCUUUAUGGCGUGGCGAAGAAAGCCAAGACGCCCCAGGACGACCAACCUCUGACAUCCAAGACGUCCGCCGACUGGUUUCGCUCCCGCCAUCCGAUGGAGAAACUUCAAGACCGGUUUGCUGCUCUUGGUUUCGUACUGGAUGGGGCCUUGUCAUUCAUUCCGCUCACGCACAGUCAGCUGUUCCUUGACGAUGCGGCGGCAUGUUCCAGCCUCGACUUUGCGCUGAGAUUCUUCACCGGUGACGUGGACUUGGAUCAGUGGCACUUGAGAGAGCUAAAGACUAUUGCUGGAAGCGACGGACGCACCUACACCGAGGCAAGGCUUUGGGACAGGAACGGCAACAUGGUUGCGAACAUGACGCAACAGUCGAUUAUGCGACCCCCCAAAACUGUUGUUAAGGCGUCUCUUUGA